AAUAAUAAUUCGUUAAAUUUAUCACGCAGAAGCUUCUCCUUCGUUUUUUAAUUUCUCUGUUUUUGUGUUUCUUUUUCCUUUGUUGAAAAAUGAGUCAUCUUCUCUUUCCCAGAGGCUGUUACAAGUGAACCAGUAAGAGAGAGAGAGAGAGUAUGCUCGCAACAUAAAUUCACAAACUCUUCAGAUCUAUCUGGUUCAUCUUCUACUGAAAUCGCAUAUCCAUUUACCGAGUUGAACUCGGAUUGGUACUCUGCUGAGAAUUUAGUCUACUCACUUCUUCGCUGCUCUUCUUCUUCUCUUUUUCUGCCGGAGCAUUGGCAACUGAUCCGUCCCGGCAAUGGCGGGUUUCGCCGGAGCUCUGAUGGGUCGGAGUACUUUUCGGUGACGCGUCGGACUGAGCUCCCGGAAGCUCGGAUUGAACGAGAACGAUGCUGAAUUGAGGCCGGGAGAGAAAGAUGUUCAAGUCGGCGAGAUGGAGGAGCGAGAAGAACAAGAUCAAGGCUGUUUUCAAAUUGCAGUUUCAUGCAACCCAGGUGCCAAAGUUGCCAGGGGAUGCAUUGAUGAUAUCCGUGAUUCCUGUGGAGGUGGGAAGGCCAACAGUGAGAUUAGAGAAAGCUACAGUUCGGGAUGGGAGCUGUAGCUGGGAAACUCCUGUGUAUGAAACGAUUAAAUUCAUGCAGGACUCGAAAACGGGGAAGAUUUUGGAGAGAAUUUAUCAGUUCCGCGUCUCAACUGGAUUGUCAAAGGCUGGUGUUGUUGGAGAAGUUUCUAUUGAUUUUGCAGAAUAUGCUGAGGCAACCAAGCCUUCAUCUGUUUCUCUUCCCCUUAAGAAUUCAAACUAUGAUGCAGUAUUGCAUGUAUCGAUUCUGAGGAUGCAGGAAAAUGUGGAUCAGAGAGAAGCUGAGGAAAGUGAAGACACAAAGAUGAAACAGCAAGACAGGACUUUGAGGGCCCAUUUAAGCUUUGACGAUACUCAUGGAAGCACCAGAAGUAAUUCUACCGAAGAUGGGCACAAUGUUGAGCCAAAUGGGAAUGACAGAACAACCAGUGGAUCUGAUAUUACAUUGUCGAGCUCUGAGAGCAGUUCUGGAUUUAACACUCCACGAGAACUUGGACUGAAAAAUAACAUCCAUCAUGACUCUACGGCCUUUCUACCAUCUCUGAGCUUUGCUUCAGUUCCUCAGAAACCAAUAAGCAAUGCUGCAAUGUCGGUAUACCAAGAGCAUCAAAGAUCACAAUGGGAGUGGACGGUGGGCUCUGCUCAUGAAUUAAGCACAGAUGACUCAAUAAGCAGUUCCCAGGAUGCCCUUCAGAUGGUGAGUUCUCAACAUGAUUCAGAUGUUAUGGUCGAAAAUCUGAGGAGUGAACUCCAUGUUCUGGCUAAGCAGGCCAAAGUGUCUGAAUUAGAAUUACAGACUCUCCGAAAGCAGAUAGUAAAAGAGGGUAAACGAGGUCAGGAACUCUCAAGAGAAGUGGUUAGCCUGAAAGAGGAGAGAGAUGCUCUCAAGGUUGAAUGCGAAAAACUGAGGGGCAUUAAGAAUCACACAACUGAGGCAAAAGUUAAAAGCAAGUUUCAUUUUGAAAAUGGGGAUCCACGGGCUCUACUUGAAGAACUCAGACAAGAACUGGAUUAUGAGAAGGACCUGAAUGCAAACCUUCGUUUACAACUGCAGAAGACACAGGACUCUAACUCAGAGUUAAUUCUUGUGGUGCAAGACCUAGAUGAAAUGCUGGAACAGAAGAAUAGGGAGAUAUCGAAUAUCUGCAGGAAAUCAACUAGUGAAAACGAUGUAGAGCUACAGGAAACCAUCUCAAACCAAGUGAAUGAUGAAGAACAAAAGGCAUUGGAAGAGCUUGUUAUGGAGCACAGGGAUACCAAGGAAACACACUUGCUUGAGCAAAAGAUCAUAGACCUUUACAGUGAAAUAGAGAUCUAUAGGAGAGAUAAGGAUGAGCUAGAGACGCAGAUGGAGCAGCUUGCCCUUGACUAUGAAAUUUUGAAACAGGAAAAUCACGACAUCUUGUAUAAACUGGAGCAAAGCCAGCUGCAAGAACAACUGAGGAUGCAAUAUGAAUGUUCGCCUUCUUUUGACACCCUAUGUGAACUUGAAACCCAGAUUGAGAACCUGGAAAAUCAGCUGAGUAAGCAGUCAAAAGAAUUAUCAGAUUCCUCGGCCACCAUAAAAGAGCUUGAAACCCAAGUGAAGAGCUUGGAAGAAGAACUGGAGAAACAGGCACAGAACUUCGAAACUGAUCUAGACUCAUUAAUGCAUGCUAAAGUUGAGCAGGAGCAGAGAGCCAUCCGAGCUGAGGAAGCCUUGAGAAUGACAAGGUGGAAAAAUGCUAGUACAGCAGAAAGGCUGCAGGAGGAAUUCAAAAGGCUUUCUAUGCAAAUGGCAUCUAGUUUUGAUGCAAAUGAGAAGCUGGCUACAAAAGCACUGACAGAAGCAACUGAACUGCGUCUGCAGAAAAGUAAUUUAGAAGCAUUGCUCCACAAAGCCGAACAAGAGCUUCAGUCUGUCAGGGAUUCUUAUGAGGCGAAACUGCUAGGGCUUUCCAACCAAAUAGAUUUGAAGACCAGUCAAAUAGAACAGAUGAUGAUGGAAAUCGAGGAUAAUACCAAGCGACUUGAGCAUCAGAAAAAACACAAGGAGGAAGUUUGUGGAGAUCUCUCACGGGAGAUCCUAACACUCAGAGCAGAUGCGCAAAGGCUCAAAACAGAAAAUGAGAUGCUUUCUGAGCAGGCUGAACAUGGAGAAAGUGUUACUGCUGAAAUGGAACAAAUGAAGACGUCAAUGAAAGAAACUGAAUUGUUGGUGCAGAGAGGGGACAUAGAAAAAAAUGAACUAGAAGGUAUGCUUGUUUUGGCAAGGACAGAAGUGGAGAAGUCAGUGGAGAAACUGAAUAGUAUGAAGUAUCUCAAGGAUGAGAAGGAGAAGGCAGUGAAAAUGCUGAAGUCAGAAGUGGAAAAACUGACAGCUCAGUAUAAUGACUUGAAGAAAUCUAUGUCUGAUGGAGAGCUAGAGAAAGAGAAAUUAAGAAAGCAGGUGUUGCAAUUAAAGGCUGACCUAAAGAAGAAGGAUGAUGCAUUGUCCAGCAUUGAGAAGAAGCUUAAGGAUAGUAAUGCGCGGCCUGCAGUUUUAGAUGGAACAAAGGCAAUUCAGAGAAGCAACAAGUCUCCUCCAGUUCCUCGAGCCUCCAAGGAGGUUACAAGUCUGAAGGAGAAAAUAAAGUUGCUUGAGGGACAGAUAAAACUAAAGGAAGCCGCACUUGAAAAGUCAUCAAAUACUUUUCUGGAGAAGGAGAAGGAUCUUCUCAAUAAAAUUGAAGAAUUAGAAAGUAGAGUGGGAGAGCUCCAUCAGAACAGUGCAAGUUUCUUUAAGGUGGCUGAAGAUAGCAGUGACAUUUCUCCAAAUGGUAGACCAGAGGAAGGGAGGAACGCAGUUGAUGAUUUGAGCGGGAUGGCAUGCAGGUCCGAGGAAAACGGGAUGCAGAUGUCAUUUAUUAAGAGCAAUGAUGUUAUCUCAGAGGAAAAAACAGAAGUCCCCACUGUUAGUACCAAAGAUCAACGCAACCUCAAUGAAUUGUUAACUGAAAUGGCAUUAUUAAAUGAGAGGAACAGAUCAAUGGAAGGCGAACUGAAGGAAAUGCAGGAUAGGUAUUCAGAAAUAAGCCUGAAGUUUGCUGAGGUAGAGGGGGAAAGGCAGAAGCUCGUAAUGACUGUACGGAACCUCAAGAAUGCUAUGAAGUGCUAAUGAUUUUUCCCCGUAUACCGGUAACUGGAUGUGUAUAGGUGAAGCAGCUCGGCUUGCGCCUGUGGAAAAUCAAAAGGGGACGAGCUACGCCAGAGUCUUGUCUUCAAGAAUAAUUUUAUAUGUACAUCAAUAAAUUUUUUCCCUGCCAAUGCUAUUUGUCUUCCCAAUUGGGUAUAACACAGAAUUACGCGCACUUUUACUUUCCAUUGUACUUAAUUGUGUUGCAGCGUCCAAUCCAUGUUAUUUCUGUAAUAUGAGUAGAGGUUGUCAUGAUAAAAAGUACACUCCUACCAUUAAUAUAUUCUUUUCAUUUUU